GAGGAGGUGAAGAGGGAGGAGGUGAAGAGGGAGGGAAGUCGGCAGCGGUUCUGGCUGCCGUCCACUUUUGCUCGUUGGUGAAUUUUCCUGCUCCUGCUCCUCCAACGUGUCUUUACCGGAUUCCCGGACGAGCACCGAGGGACGCGCGGGGAGGAGCGCGUUCACACCCUGGACCCUUGAAAUAAAGCUCGGCCAGACGUGUGAUGAACUUCAGAUUACUGGAGGCGGGAGGCAGGCCAGCAGGAGGUGACUGUCAGAAGAAAUGCCUGUCCCAGGUGUCCUAGUAGAUCACCACAGGGACCAUGGCGACUCCUUGGCCAAUGAGAAAAGAGAGGUGCUCCCAUGGCUUUCCCAGCCUUGCUAGAAGGCCGGCCCCCUCCCUGAUGCUCCUAUGGUUGCCUUGGGUGUUGCUAUGGCUGCCUUGGCCCACCCAGGCUGAACAAGCGGGCAGCGGCGGGCCCAGCGGGAAGGUCCUCCACGGUUCACUGUCGUCGCCGGCCUCCUCGUCAUCCUCCUCGUCCUCCUCAUCCCCUUCCAGCUCCACAGCAUGGGGAUUCAACACAAGGCAGAGUGGGGGGCAGCUGGACUGGCUGCUGUCAGAGAAGGGACCGUUCCACAGAUGCCCAGAGUACACCGAGUUCAGAGAGAGGUUCCAGCAGGGAUUUUCUACCAGAUACAAGAUUUACAGGGAGUUCAGCCACUGGAAGGUGAACAGCCUGGCUACAGAGAAGAGAGAUUUCCUCAAAGCUCCAUUGCCCUUAGCACCAGAGUUCCUACGCAACCUACGGUUACUGGGGCGACGGCCAACCUUGCAGCAAAUCAACGAGAACCUUAUUAAGAAGUACGGAACCCACUUCUUAGUUUCUGCUACCCUGGGAGGAGAAGAGUCUUUGACCAUUUUCCUGGACAAGCAGAAGCUAAAUAAGAAGUCAGAGGGCAACAGCAACAGCUCAGUGGUGUCUCUGGAGCUGCUCCAUCAGUUGGCGGCUUCCUACUUCACCGACCGAGAGAGCACUUUGAGGAGACUCCACCACCUCCAGAUUGCCACCUCUGCCAUUAAGGUUACCGAAACAAGGACGGGCCCUCUUGGAUGCAGUAACUAUGACAGCUUGGAUUCAGUUAGCUCGGUGUUGGUGCACAGCCCGGAAAAUAAGAUCCACCUAAAAGGUUUGCAAGAUGUGCUGCCAGAGUUCCUGCGUGGGCGAUUUGUGGAGGCAGCCCUCAGCUACGUGGCGUGCAACUCGGAGGGUGAACUGCUCUGCCGCAACAACGACUGCUGGUGCCAGUGUGCUCCCCGGUUCCCAGAAUGCAACUGUCCCUUUGCCGACAUCAAGGUCAUGGAGGAGAACCUGGAGAAGAGCAAAGGGGCCUGGAACAACUUCAACCAAGAGUUUGUGGAAUCAGAUGAAUUCAAAGCCUUCCUGAAGAGCUUGCCCGCUGACCGGUUUUUGAAUGUGUCCACAAUUGCCAAGUUCUGGUAUGCUGACUUGUCCCUCCAGAAGCGCCACACCCAGCUGGAGUCCAGCACCGCACUGGUGUUGGGAAAAGCCCAAAAGAUCAUCAGGAAGCUGUUCACCCUUAGUAAGCGCUGUCCCAAACAGCCCCGCAUCAGUCUGCCCCGACAAAGGCCUGUUGGGUUUUGGCUCACCAAGACUCAGUCUCUGCUUUACUGCAACGAUCAUGGAGUCCUGGGCUCCUUCUCAGAGGAGGUGAAGAGCUGCAGCUGCCCUGUUGACCAGCCCAGCUGCCAGGGAGUCAUCCCGUGUGUCGUGGGCUCCAGUCCUACUUCCUGCUCCGCCUGUGCCACUGACAACGCUACCCGCUGCGGAGCCUGCCACCAUGGGAACCUGCUCCAUCUCGGUUCCUGCCGUCCGAGCAUUGCUGCAUCCCUGGACCAUUAUCUGAACUUUGACCUGGAUAUGCCAGACGCUGAGGUGAAGUACCUACUUCAGCGACUAGACAGCAGAAUAGAGGUCCACGCCAUCUACAUCAGCAACGACGUCCGCUUGGGAAGCUGGUUCAAUCCUGCCUGGAGAAAAAGGAUGUUACUGACGCUCAAGAGUAACAAAAAUAAAUCCAACCUCAUCCACAUGCUGAUGGCCAUUUCUUUCCAGAUAUGCUCAACUAAGAAUUCCACACUGGAGCCUGUGCCCGUGGUUUAUGUGAAUCCUUUUGGGGGAAGUCACUCAGAGAGCUGGUUCAUGCCCGUACAGCAGCCUGACUUCCCCGAGUGGGAGAGAACUAAACUGGACAGCAUUGCCACUGCACAGUGCUACAACUGGACUCUGGAUCUGGGCAACAAGUGGAAGUCAUUCUUUGAAACUGUGCACAUUUACCUGCGGAGCCGCAUCGUAACAGAUGACCCAACGGUGAACGAAACUCUUUUCUAUGAGCCGUUGGACUUGGAUGACCAGACAUCAAACAUGGGCUAUAUGAAGAUCAACACACUUAAAGUCUUUGGAUACAGCAUGCACUUUGACCCUGAAGGCAUCAAGGAUCUGAUUCUCCAACUGGACUACCCCUACACACAGGGUACACAGGAUGCUGCCUUUCUGAUGUUACUGGAGAUGAGAGACCGGAUUAACCGGCUCUCUCCUCCAGCACCGCAGCCACUUGACCUAUUUUCUUGUCUGCUGCGCCACCGCCUCAAGCUGUCAGCUGGAGAGGUGGCACAAAUAAAGGAGUCUCUACAGAUCUUCAAUUCCAAACUUCCUGAUGCUUUUCCUGAACCUGAGUUGGCUCAGCUGUGCAGCUAGCUAGCCAGCUGAGCACGUUAGCCGGGUUCACGAGUAAAAGGGAGUGGACAGGGACAACCUUGUUGAGUUGCUUCGUGGGCUGGUAUAGCUUGGAUUCACAGAUAUACCAUCUCCACAGACUGAAUGCUAGGCCUUUCUUGUCGCCAUUUUUUGGCUGGUUUUCUGGUGUCAUAUUUUUACUAUUGGCAAACAACUUUGUGUAUCAUACUUUUGGAAGUGCGAGAGAUGCUUGGACUCUUUCAGGGGCUGUGUUAAACCAGCCCGGAGGUACUCUAUGGCUAUUACUGCUGUGCUUUUGGCAAACUGUGUGACUGGAUCAGGAUAAGAGACUGUCCUACAGUGACACGUUUUUGUGAUUAAAAUUACAGAGAGACUAUGUCAUUAAGUCCAAUUGAGACUUCUGCCUUGCAAAGAUAAAGAUUUUGAUAUGUUAAGAAGAACUGUAAAGUGGUGUUCAACACUUGUCGAAGGAUGAGGAGUUUUCCUUUUCUAACCCUAUUUUCUUUGGAUACAGAACAAUGGAGUUGGGUUGGGGGUGGUAAUAUUAAAUAUGUGGUGAAUGAAUUAUGUUAUGCUUCACAGUUUAAAAUUUGAUAAUCCUGAACCCUGUUACUGUCUUUGAGUAUUUCUUUUUAUUCCUUACCUUCCAUUUUAUCUGGCAUCUCAAAACUUGUAUCUAUUCUUAAAAGUCCCAAUGAAGCCUAUUAGUGAUGUUCUGUUCAUAGUGGUGUUUCUAUACCAAAAGAAGAUAAACACAUUGGCAAAUUAUUACAGACUUUGUUUAGCUUUUGACCUGAAUAUGAAUCUGUCUAAAGGCAAAAAGGUUUGAGGACAUAGCGCUGUAAAUAACGCUCCAUUUAAUCCCAGGUUCGUGAACAAGUGCACAUUGCUUUCUAGAUAACUGAGUGCAAAGACCAAAAAAAUAUUUAUAACAAAACAAACUCAUGCCUUAUAUGGAAAGUCAAUGUGAAGAUAAGAAAUACAUUUACUUUCUGUGUUUGGUUUCCCAGCGAAGGUGGUAUUGCUUUUUCUAUUUUCAAUAUUUCUACCGAGACAGAACAUCAGACACAUUCUUCGGAGUAUGUGGUAACGUAGCUUUUCCAUGUAAAUGCCAGUCACACUUUCUGCGCUUGUUUUGGUUUGGUGUUGUGAAACUUUUUGAGUCACCAUUCACAGUGCCCACCAGUACUUGCACAAUGUAAUUGUUCUGCAAAAUUUCCAAUUAUACAAAUUCUCAGUAAAUGUUGGAACUUAUUUGAUUUUUUUUUUCUUCUUUUCUAUGGUUUUAAAAAGAUUUGAUAGUUGGCUUAGUCUCAGGUCAAUUAAAUGCUUUGUUUGUUUGCCUUUUUCCUUGUAAGCUUUGUUUUCCUCUUUUUUUUGUGUAUGGCCAGAUAUUCAGCUGCAGUUAUUGCGGUGAAUGCGAGGUCACAUGGCUUAUUCAUGGCAGUGAUUGUCCUCUUGAGACUUACCAGGAUGAUGCUGGAUAUUAUUUUACAUUUGUUUCACUAAUUUCUCACUGGAAGCAAGUACAACUUAUGUCAUUUUCAGCUGUUCUUCUGUGCUCAGCUUGCUUAAGUAAAAACAAAGUGAUUUAA